AUGACUACGGAAACCAGAUUUGAUCCAGAUACAGCUCUUGGCAACGUUCAAAAUGAACUCUCAGAUAUCAUAGAGACAUUCGUUCAUCUUGGUGUUCAGGUGCACGACUUCCAAGGAACGGAAGAAGCCAAACUCGGAUUGGCCAACAAUAUUAAUAAAGUUGUAAGUGAGUUAGAGAAAUUAAGUGAUAAGCCGGAUUUAAAGUCUAUUGCCAUCCCCCUAGAUAUUAUCAACUACGUAGAAGAUGGACGAAAUCCCGAUAUCUACACUCGAGAAUUCGUAGAGGUGGUAAGAAAACUCAACCAAUAUCUCAACGGAAAAUCGUUAGCAUUACAGAAUUUCAGAAACACUUUAGGAGCGGCUAUAAAGCAAGAAUUCCCAGAAUUAGCUGACCAGGUGGAUGAUAUAAAGGCAAGAACCGAUCUAGACGAUAAGAAAUAG